AACCGCUGGCUUCCCUUUCUGCAAAACUGAAAGUAAGCAGUAAGCUACCCUUCAAAUAUGAGUCUGAUUGCUCAGUUUCAUUUCCAUGGUGGUAACAACCUGCGAGCAUAAAGCCUGCCCACAGACACAAACAGAUCAGAUAAGUGACGGCAGCCGACUUGUGCGGGAUGAAGAUGUCAGGAAGACUCGGGCUUUGCUGCACCGUGCUGCUUCUCGCCCUCAUCUCUGUGUCUGCCAUUAAGAAGCUAAAUACCAUCGAUGAUUUGAAAAAAAUUGAUUUUGACAGAGCGGUACCAAAGCACAGCCUCCUUCUCCUCUACUGGUUUGCCAACGAGAUUGACAUUGAUAAUAAUAACGUCAUGAGACUGACUUUUGACCCAAACGUAGGACACUAUGGGUCACAUCACUAUGGAAACUAUGAGAGGAUGUUGAACCCGCUGCCUCAGGGGGACAUCAGAUACCAGUACUACACGGUUGGCAAUCUCAACAACCAUCAAGCCCAGUCCCAGCUUCCGGCUUAUGUUCUCGAGCCACCAAGGGAGUACAGGGGACGCAACAGAGACCGGAUCAUUUUUCUAGUGCACGGCACGGGAUGGCAACCUCUCCAGAUAAUAGAUGAAGUCUAUAUGACGCAACAUUAUGAAAACUCCAAUUCAGGCACACGUUAUGAUCCUGCCCACACAUACCAGAUCAGCACCAACCUCCUGAGACAGCUCAGAGCGUUUUCAACGGAAGGUGACAAUAACUCUCUGAGGGAGCUCAUUGGAGCCAUUGGAAGCAACAUUAACCAUUCACAGUUAAGGUCCCUCAGAGUCACAUGGGGUGACAUCGCUUGCAUUGGACUUCUGUUGUUUAUCAUCAUUGAGGAAAAAUUCUACCCCCACAACAGAAACUGGGCCGCAAAACGAAUGAACAGACAUUUUGUCAUCAAUAUGCCAAACAGCAGGCAAAAUCACCAUGGUGGUCAAGUUCCACGGCAUCUUUCUGUUGAGGAAAACGUUCAACUCGUAGUGACAACUGGCACGAAUGGAAGAGCUCGUAUUAUCUGGCAGGGAGUUUCUGAAGAUCACCUACAGCAACGUGUAAUGGUGGUCCUUUUUAAAGACAAUGAGAGCCAGACAGAAAUGUGUUCAAAGCUCAUUAACAGCAGCUCUGGCAAUUUGGACACCUCUGUACCUUUGGAUGCUGGUCUUCAGGCACGGCUACAUAUGACAAGAAGAAAGUACUGCUUCUUGACAGCCCCGGCCGAGGAGAUCUGCAGAGGCGCCGAGUUUCACAAUCCAGAAAAAGUCACGCUACAAGGCUACCAUGCAAGUCUACAGCUUUUUGUGAAGAACGGUAAGGCCUGUGCUCGCUUAUUUGUGAGCAAGGCAUUUGGAAACUGGAGGUCCGAGUUUAACAAGUCCUGGGUUGGGUUCUACACUGGUGCAAAUAAAGCUACCAGUGAAUAUGAAUGGUGGCAGUGGCAGUGGGCCACAAAAUUCCAAGCGUCCACGCCUCUCGACCCCGUCCAUGAUGUUUAUGAAUAUCACUCGGGUCUGACCAUUGCCCCAGGAGUGCAAGCAAGAUUCAUUCUGAAUGAUGACACUGUUCUGGCACAGACAAGCUGGAGGUGAUCGAACCACACAUCGAAGAUUUCAAUUCUCAAUAUGAUAUUGGAUACAUGGAAAAUAAUUUUUUUUUACUGUGAUUCUUCUCCCAUUUUACAAGGGCAGUGUUUCUUUAUUUGAACAAACACGCCACUUUGUAGUAUUUCUACUGAUUUCUUUUAUCAAAUGUGAAUUGUAUUUUACACCUGCACUGUCCAAUGCUGUAAACCCAGGGAACACACCGAGCUUUAAUCUAUUUACAUGUGUGCACUGUCAAUCAAUUCUUCAAAACUUCAAUUUUAAUUUCUUUGCUUUGCGUGUAAAGUAAUACCUCAUAUCCACGAGUAGAAUUCCAUAUCUAGAAAAUCUCUUUACAACUUAAGUAAGUUUUUGUAAAUUAUUAGAGCCCUCUUGACAAUAAAUAACACCCCUGUAGUCAGCUUUACACUUGUAAUGCCGAAUAGCGAUAAGAGAAAAUAAGACAUGAAUUGGACUCAGAUUAUUUUGCAUUGGGAGAGUUCCUUAUUGCUUUUUUUACAUCGGGUUUCUGUACAGUACUUCCUGCGGUGGCUAUUGUUGCAUUAGUGUAACAUUACUGACACCUCGUGCAGAGUAUAGAUACUACAUAUCACAACGCCUUUGAAUGCAUAUUCUGAAUGCCUUAUAUUUGUAUUUUAGUGUAUUUAGCUAUUUUUAUGCUAGCAUACAGUAUGUAAAAUGUGCUUACAGAUAUUUAGCGAGUAAUAACAUCUCUUCUUUCCUUACUUGUCUUAGUCAUUUUAUGCCUGUGUAUGGAUAUGUAAAUAAACUUGACUUUGAACUGAACAUACAUGUAAAUGAUCAGCCUAUUUUACAAAGUAAUCUAAACAAAAGAGUCUUUAUCUUGAUCUCUUUGUCUCUUAUAAUAUAAUUGAAGGUUUCAGGUUUCGUGUCACGUAUCGGUGUGUCCAAACAAAUGGCAAUGACUCAUAGUCCCAUGACCUGAAACCAACUGAUUGCGUAUAUUAAGAUUAGCUUUGUAUUCUUCCUGGCCUUUUGAUACCGUAAAUAAAAGUAUUGAGUUUUGCGUCCAAGCUGGAGCAACACAAUUUUGGAAGUCAAAAAGAAAACGCCACAUAAUUCUCAUGACGGAUAAUUAGCGAGGCUACUUGUGACAUUUCCCGGACGGGACCGUCAACAGGCUUUGAUAUUACUACAACACAAAUGGAUCCUUUCAAUGCACAAGAGUAUGAGUCUUGUGCUAACCAUGCACAGGACUCAACAAGUCAUGAGACAAUGAGUCAUCAUAAUUCAGCAUUAAAAACCCAAGUUUACACUCCUAACUAUUGUGUGAUACCGCAGCAGAUGAAAUUACAAUUACAACCCAUUUACAAUCUGUGUUUAUAGGACUAGGAAGGAUCGUUGUACAGUAAACCUCGGAUAUAUCGGACUCAGAUAUAUCGGAAAUUCGCUGACAACGGACAGAUAAAAAAGAACCGAUUUUUCUGUAAUGCAUUUCCAAUAAAAAUUCAUUGCAUAUAUCAGAUUUUUUAUAACGGAUUUUGCCUAUUUCGGACAAAAUCUCCAGUCCCGUUCCAAUGCAUUUCCAUUAAAUUUCCCUCGCAUAUAUCGGAUGGCGAUCGUGGCGUUCCGAAGCUAGCUGACAUUCUGAGACGUUUUAAAGCAGAGGACAUUUUUAAUGCCGACGAAACUGGGUUAUUCUGGCAAAUGCUGCCAGAAAACACCCUGGGAUUUAUUGAAUGAGAUCUUAACCUCACUAUUGGAAAUAACGUAGGCCUGACGGGCGUAACAAGGCCUAGCUUAAUUAACAAUUUGUUAUGCUCAGAGUCCAAUAAAGUUAAAUUUUAAUUACCUUACGUCUCUUUUCAUUGCCCAGUCAAGGAUGUAGUCAAGGAAGUGCCUUUUUAUAACGGAUAAAAUCCGAUUUACGCAUAUACCGGAUAUAAAUCCGAUAUAUGCGUAAAACGGACAUUUUCCGAUAUACGCAUAUAACGGAUUUCGCUUAUAUCGGACAAAACCAGUGGGAACAAUUGAAUCCGAUAUAUCCGAGGUUUACUGUAAUAUAUCUUUCAUUGUGUGACAUCCACGUACUCUGUCAAUCUCACUCAUGGAUGAUUGUAUCGGCAGCAUAAACCCUGACCUAAUCUUCUUACAUAAAGUAUCUGCAGAAUCUGUCUCUCCAAAGCAGGGAGAAGUGGCCUAAAAAUAGAUCUAUGUUCAUACAGGUUGUGUUGCUAUUGUUGUGUUGUUUAUCAAUGUAAUGGUGAGUAAAGGCUGUGCCCACUCUUAUCUUGCUAUGCGUCAAGGCUCUUUGACCUGAGAUAUUAGCUUAUCAAGCAUUCCCGUCGUUCUGUAAAUAGAAACUAAUUGUGCAUGUGUCAUUUUGUGUUAAUACUCAGAAAGUCAGUUAUCCGGUUUUAGGAUUGAAAAAAAAUGCCAUGUAAAACGUCUUAUCAAACCCUUCAGUGUUACAGCGACAUCUACGGUCCAGACACAGGAUAGUUAGCAUGACAUGAUAUCACGUCCUGAUGAAGCAAAAACACUAAAUACACAAGUGUAUGCAGCUGCUCAUUACCACCCGUUAUUAUUGGAUUUUCAGUCACCAUGAGGAAAACGCACUUGGGACUAAUGGCCUUCAUUUUAAAGACAUUAUCUUCAGCCUCUCUUCAUUUGUGUGAGGCUAUACCGUCACCAGCCACAACAAAAUCUCAUGUCCUCAUUUUCACAUGGCAUUUGUUUGCAUAAGAUAACGCUUCUACCCUUGAACUGAUGUCAAACGCGCUCUACAAAAUAAUAAUUGUAAUUUUGGGGUGUUCAGCCAAACUGACAAUCGCAUUUCUGAAAGGUUUAACAGGCUUGGCUGCAAAACAUGACGACAUAGGAAAUGAUUUCCACAACUCACUGUUUUUUAUAAAAACUUUGCACUUCAUUUAUUGCAGUUAAUAGGUUCCAUACCCCACCGCGUUAAGUGAAUUUCUACGGAGUAUGAUUCAAUAUUAAAAACUGAAUAUUCUCAUGGAAAACCUGUUUUUGACAGUCCAAAUACAGUUUUUCACAUUAUUAAGAGCCAUGUAGAUAUGAUAUAACACCCCUUUACACUCCUAUUAUUCAUUGUUUACAUCACAUUACGCAGGCUAAGGGAUCACUGCAUGGACCUAAGAAACGACCACUGAGCUAACUAGUUAGCCUCUCCAAUUUGCUUAAUCCACAAUCCCGAUGUAAGACAUGAACACAUUUGUCUUUUCUGUGAGUUGUAAAGAUAGAAAAAUCAGCCAUGUAAUUGGAUACACUUAACUCCGCCUAGAAAGCCUUCGGAAAAAUAACCCCUCCCGUUAUGUGCAGCAAUGAGCUGUCUCUUUAUCUGUUUUUAUAUCCUUACAACACACAAAAGAGAAAGACAUGUGUUUAUAUCUCACAUAAGGAUUGUGGAUGAUGGCCCCAAAAGUGCAGUUUUCCUUUAA